AAAAAAAGGACCGCUCUGAUGGCGCCGCACGAGACAGCGACCCGGGCCGUCGAAGCCAGCGCCCGCGUCCACGAGCUCCUCCAGCGGCUGCACGCCGCGUCCGAGUCGCAGGAAAGGUCCCUCUCCCAGACCCUCUUCUACAUCAAGGUGUUCGUGUCCUACUGCCUCUGGGGCUCGGCCUGGUCGGCCGCGGCCGACGACCACAUGCGGGACAAGUACGUCUCGCUCGAGCAGGACAAGUGCCAGUUCAUGUACCUGCUCGCCCGGGCCAUGGGCGCGCGCAACAUCGUCGAGGCGGGCACCAGCUUCGGCGUGUCGACCAUUUACCUGGCCCUCGCCGUGGGACAAAACGUUGCCGACGCGCGCGCUGCCGCUGCCGUGGAGGCGGACCAGGGGAAGAAGGCGGCGGCGCUGGUGGGGGGCGGCAAGGUCAUCGCGACGGAGCAGGAGCCGACAAAGGCGGCCAAGGCGCGCGAGCAUUGGAAGCAGGCGGGCGACGAGGUGGAACCCUGGAUCGAGCUCCGCGAGGGUGAUGUGCGCGAGACGUUGAAGGUGGCCGAGGGGAUGCCGGAGGAGAUUGACAUGCUGCUGCUCGACAUCUGGACGCCCAUGGCGCUGCUCGUGCUGGAGAUUGUCAAGCCGCGGCUGCGCAAGGGGGCGGUGAUACUCGCGGACAACACGGUCAUGGCGAAGGCGCUGCUCAAGGACUUGUUGGCAUACAUCCGCGACCCGGCAAACGGGUUCAAGACAAUCACGGUGCCGUAUUCGGGUGGGCUGGAGAUGAUUGUGUACAUGCCGUCGACUUGACGCCGACAAUGAUUCCAGUCAUUGAUGAGCCACGAGCGACUUUGGUGUUAGUUUAGCUCUUGACCUGUUAUGCAUUGCGGUCGAGUGAAAGCCGUUCAAGUGCGACAAAUGCGACAGAGUUUUCAGCAGGGGGAUUAUUUGAUUUGAGUCGCCGGCGAUCAUAUGCUGAACCCAAUACGGGGGACCGUUUUCACAAAGUGCAGCACGUUGAGGUCUGCAUUUCUGCCCGGAAAGGCGAUUCGGAAAAAGCAUCUCAAGUUGCACAAAAAGGCGAACUCUUACACAAGUUUGGAUAUUGUCACGGGUCCUACAAGAGUCUCAGCCCAACAGCCCUAUUUUGUACAGAAAGUGGACUUUAGACACUUGAAGAAAAGAGGAGGUACAAGGACGACAUUUACGGCAAGCGCUGAGAUUUGGUUCUACAUGUGGGCGCACGCUAGCCACGGGCCGAAUAACUAUGACCUGAAGUACUUUAUGUUUAGGAAGUAAAGCAAUGGCUACCUAGAAAACGGCAGCUGCCAGAAAGUCAUCGGAGCCACAGAGAUGACGGCCACAAGAGUCUGGUGACUAUAGCUACAAGAGUG